AUGACUCAACAUAACAAACCGCGUUUGCUUCGCACACGCGAGCUGCUGCAGCAGCUGCUGUGGAGACAGCUGCAGCAGCAGCAGCAGCAGCAGGAAGAGGAAGAGCAGCAGCAGCAACAGCAGCAGGAAGUGGAGGAGCAGCAGCAAGAGGAAGCGGAAGAAGAGCAGCAACAGCAGCAGGAGGAGGAUGAACAGCAGGACGAUGUGCAGCAGCUUCAGCUCUUGCUGCAGCAGCCUCAAGCACUUCAGCAGCAGCAGCUGCAGCACCAGCUGGAGCAGCUGCAGCAUCAGCAGCACCAGCUUCAGCAGCAGCAGCUGCAGCAGCUGCAGCAGCUGCAGCAGCAGCAGCAGCAUAAAGAGAGGAGCCAGCCUUGGUGGGCGAAGGAGCAGCUAGAAUCUUCUGAACUGCUGGAGGAGUUCGGGGGUUUUGUGCUGCUGCCCUUUCUUUUAACUGAAGACAGCAGCAGCUUUCUCUCUGACUUUCUGUCUUCUUUUUAUCAUUUGUUCUCUCAUUGUCUUCUUCUUGGAGGAGACGGGACAUAUAAUACUUUGAAGAAAGCUAUUAGGCGAGCAGCAGCAGCUGCUGCUGCUGCUGCUGCACCUGCAGCUGUAACUGCUGCUGCUGCACCUGCCGCAGCAGCUGCUGCAGCAGCUGGAGCAGGUGCAGCAGCUGCAGUAGCUGCUGCAGCAUCAACUGUAGCUGCUGCUGAAGCAACAGAUGCAAACCUACCAGUGCCAGCAGCAGCUAAAGCUAUACAAGCAGCAGCAGCAGCAGCGGGAGCUGUUGAGGCAGCAGCAGGAGCAGCAGCUGCAGCAGCAGCAGCAACUGUAGCAACAGCAGGAGUAGCAGAUGCAGCCCUACCAGCGCCAGCAGCAGCUAAAGCCAUACACGCAGCAGCAGUAGCAGCAGCAGGAGCUGUUGAGGCAGCAGCAGGAGCUGUAGAAGCAGCAGCAGCAGCGGGUGAUGCAGAGACAGAGUCCGCAGCAACAGUAGCACACGCCUUAAAAGCAGCAGCAGCAGCAGCAGCGGCAGCAGCAGCAGCAGCAGCAGCAGCAGCAGAUCAAGUCGUUGCAACUCCUGCAGCAUCAUCUCAAGGCUACAGCUGCAGCUGCUUGAUAAAGACGUGCUGCUGCCCUUCCAUUAGCAGCAGCAGCAGCAGCAGCAGCAGCAAGGACAACGAAGAGAGCAGCAGCAACAGUGGCGACGACAGCAGCGCCAACAACAGUCUGGAAAUCAGCAGCAGCAGCAGCAACACCAUCAGCGACAGCAGCAGCAGCAACAGCAUGCACGGCAGCAGCAGCAGCUGCAGCUUGCGCAGCAGCAGCAGCAGCAUAAGCAUCAGCAGCAUGACUAAUGACAGCAGCAGCAAGAUAAGCAUAUGCACAAGCAGGAGAACGAACCAAGGCAAUGCGGCUAGCAGCAGCAGCAGCAGCAACAGCAGCAGCAGCAGCAGCAGCAGCAACAGCAACACAAAGCAGCAAGACAUAUUUGCUUUAUUAGAAAAUGCUUUAUUAAUAAGCCCUGUACCCGUCGGCAGCUCAAACACUUGGUGCGCCGAAUUCUUCUUUUCUGCUGCUGCUGUUGCUGCUAAUGCUGCCUAUACAGUCGAAGGCCGCAGCCACCUUGCUGCGCUGCUGCUGCUCAAGCAGCAGCAGCUUCUGUUGCUGCAGCAGCAGGGCAAAACUCUUUCUCCUGCUGCUGCUGCUGCAGUUGCUGCUACAGACGCGCUUCAAUUUGAAUUGCUGCUGAAAGGAGAACAAACAAAAACUAAAAAAAUAAAACAAAAAGGAUGGGGGGCAUGGAUCUACCAGAAGGUGCUGCAGCGUCUGUUGCGUUUGCUGCUGCUCUUUGUUCCCUCGCGUUUGCUGCUGCUUUUACGAUAUCUCUCUGCUGCCCCGCAGCCAGAGCAGCAGCAGCAACAGCAGCAGCAGCAGUACGUGCAACAAGUGCAGCAGCAGCAGCAGCAGCAGCAGCAGCAGCAGCAAGAGCAAGAGCAAGAGCAACAGCAAGAGCAGGAGGAGGAGGAGGAGGAGGGUGUGUGCUGCUUGAGCCGGUGCCGUGCUGCUGCAGCAGCAGCAUGUAUGGGUUUCUUUCAGGCUGCAGCAGCAGCAGCAACAACAGAGGAUAUGAGAGAGGCAUUAGCAGCAGCAGCAGCAGCUGCUGCUGCUGCUGAGAGAAAACUGCUGUUUCCGAAGAAUGAAAGCAAAAUAACGAAUAUUUUGCAGCAGAAGUUAAAAAAAAUAAAACAAAAUAUACGAAAAGAACAGCAGCAGCAGCAGCAGCAGCAGCAGCAGCAGCAGCAGCAGCAGCAACAGCAGCAACAGCAGCAGGAACAAGAAGAAUUUCUUCAACAGCAAAUGCUACAGCAAGAUCAGCAGCAACAACAGCAGCACAAACAACACGCAGAGCAGCACGAAGAAAAACAACAAAAUGAAGAACGUAAAGUUAAAGAUAAAGAAGACAAAGAUAAAGAAGUUAAAGAUAAUGAAGAAGUUAAAGAUAAUGAAGAAGAAGAAGAAGAAGAAGAAGAAGAAGAAGAAGAAGAAGAAGAAGAAGAAGAAGAAGAAGAUGAUGAUGAUGAAGAUGAUGAUGAAAAUAAUGAAGAUUAUGAAGAAGAGACAGAAGAAGAAGAUAACGAAGAAGAGAGAGAAAAUAAUAAUAAUAAACAAGAUAAUAACAAAGAUAAUAAUAAUAAUAAUAAUAAUAAUAAUAAUAAAGAAGAAGAAGACAGCGCUUCUCCUGAGGUUUUACUGCCUCACAUCUGCACUCGUAUUGAUUUAAUGUUUAAACAUUUAAAUAAUUUAAACAAAUUAAAAUAUUUUCUCGGUGAAGGCGAAGAAAUCUCUUUGGUCGGUGCAGGACAAGGAGACAGUCUCCUGCACUUCUGGGGACGACGCAUCGCUGAAAAUAAAAGUGCUGCCGUCUCCGCUUUGAGAGUUUUGACGGACGGCAGUAUAAAUUAUUGUCAUAACAACUUAGAAUAUGGCUAUUUAGGUGCAUGCAUGGUGCACAGCGAAGAUUUGCGUGGCUUUGGCCGUUUUCGAUAUUUCGCCGCUCCGUUUUAUCAAUUUGGGGUUAUGAAGAGUCAAGAAGCAUUUAUUCAAGCACUUCUGCCUAACGGACAGGUCUUUUAUAAGCAAGCUAUAGACUUAACUCAACACUGGACGGAUGAUAUCAUCGCAACCCCUUGGAAUCAAAUUAAUCAAAGUUUUGCGUGGCUUCUCCUUGUUGAAAAAGAAA